ACUGUGGCGGGAGCGUUGACCAGACCGAGCACUCAUCAUGUUCCCUUCUCCCCGUGCUCAGGCUGUGACCACAGCCCGGCGACCCCUCGGAGGUCGUGGCCCUGCUGGAAGGAAGAGUCUAGGGCCCCCCGGCAGCUCUUCGCCCUCUACAGUGUUUUCCCCCUCUGGGCGUAGGGUCAUCACCAUCGGUGGUGUGCGGGCAACACCUUCAAGAGUUGUUCUUCACCCAUGUGCUGUCGAAACUGUCAAUUAUAAUGUUCAGUUAUUUGGUUCCACCCUACCAGUUAAGGUCAUGGAGGCUUUGGCAAGUGCUCAUGUCAGUGACUCUUUAAUGGUGAAGAUUCAUGAACUUGGUUGGGCUUGGUUAGUGUGUGGUGAUCGUAUUAUAAUCUGGAAAAUAAGCCAGUCUUCAUCUGCAAAGUCUAUGUCGUGUAAAGAACUGCAGCUCCCACCAAGUGAUUUUCCAUGGUCUGCAGACCUGGUAGAUAUAUGGACUGCUGAUGAGGCAGCAACUACUCAAUCAGUUGGAGUUAUGGCAGCUACAGGUGAAGGAUCAAUCCGUUAUUGGCCAUGUCUCUCACAUGAAGAGUUUUACACAGAAGCUUAUGCUGAUUUUGGAUAUUCGGUUUGUUUGUUUAUAACGGCUGUAAAGGCUGGCAGUUUUAUAUUGUCUUCUUCAAAGAACCAACAUGUUCGUUUAAUACCUGAUGCUUCUGGAAAGAUCUGCCAGCGACUCUUGCAGCAAGGGCAAGGCAUGCUCUCAGGAAUUGGCCGUAGAGUUUCAACUCUCUUUGGUAUUUUAUCUCCCUCAGUAGAAUCACCGCUCCUCAGUGUGCUGUGGGACAAAGGAGAUUGCUUUUAUACUCUUACCAAUAACAACAUAAAUAAGUGGGAUAUGGAUGAUAAUUCUGAAUAUCACGUUCUAAAUUGGGACAUGAACCGUGUGCUGAAAGAAGAUAUUUCUGAUGCCAUAUGGGGUUCCGAAAGUAACUAUGAAGAAAUUAAAGAAAAAAUCAACAUUACUUAUUUGGAUUUCAAUCAGAACAGUGAUGGAUUAGUCAUCUUGGCGUCUGCUUGGCAUUCUGGUGAUACUCCUUGUAUGAGCUAUUACACUCUUAUAACUAUAAAGGAUGAAGGCUACAACUUUUCUGAUGAAGUCAAUGUUGAAGUCACUCAGCUCCAUCCUCCAUUUCAGUCCGAAGAUAUGCUGCUUGCCCAUCUUGUGAUCCCAAACUUUACUAGCCAUGUCGCUUGCAUAUAUACAAAGGAUAUGGUUUUUGCCUGCUCUACAGGAACAAGGCGAGUCACUAUCCCUCAGGAGAGAAUCUCAUUUGAAGCUCAAGGGGAUCACGUUAUUGGAGCUGGGUCCUGUGCAGAUCUGCCAGUCUUUUUCACAAGAAAGAGUGGCCUUCUAGCUGUUGUUCCUCGUGAAAGUGUCUCUGUUUUGCCAGAAGAUGUUGAAGAUUCUUUGUCCUCUUCAUUAGCUGGAGCUAGUAAUCAGGCUACAUCUGUAGAGCCAUCUUCAAGAGCAGAGACUAUACCGCAUGAUGAUAAGACUAAACUGCUGAAGGCUGCAUUUUUGCAGUUUUGUAGAAAGGAUAUAGUUGGGGCACAGUGCAUGGUGGACAGCUUGUUCUCUGCUCUAACAGAUUUGGAAGCUGAUAAUGAACUAGACCAGGCAGUGACCCAGAUAAGUAUGGACUUGGUGGAUGACUAUCCAGCUUCUGAUCCUAGAUGGGCUGAAUCUGUACCUGAUGAAGCAAGUGGCUUGAGUAAUACAUCCCUCAUUCUUUUGCAUCAGCUGGAAGAUAAAAUGAAAGCACACUCCUUUUUCUUGGAUUUCCUUCAUCAGGUUGGACUAUUUGAUCGUUUAAGCACUUGUCAAGUGAGAGGAUCUGCCAUGGCAACUCGUCUAUUGCUUUGUGAACAUGCAGAGAAAUUAUCUGCUGCAAUAGUUCUGAAGAACCACCACACAAAGCUUCCAGCACUUGUUAACUCUGCUAUACUGCUUGCCCUGAACAAGAGGAUGUGCUCAGUCCCCCACAAUCUUACUCCUGCUGAUGUGUACUUUAGAGAGGUCUCGCAGAUGGAUUUCAUCUUUGAAUGCCUUAUUGACAAAGAGGAGAUGGAUUUACAAUCUACAAUGAUGGAUUCUAUUGAAUGGGCUAAUAUAGUUGUUGAUGUGAACACCAUACUGAAGGAUAUGUUGCAUGCAGCAUGUCAGUACAGACAAAAUAAAGCUUCACUCUAUAAACGGGAGAGCAUAGAAAAAGAGCCAGAAUAUAUACCCUGGACUGCUUCUAGCAGUAACCGUACAGUGAUUAUACGUCAGCAUGCCAUCAUUCUGAAGAAAGUCUAUCCUCAGGCUGAUUCCAGACUGCGCAGUGACCUGAUUGAGCAGCUGGUGGCACUCCUAAACUAUUUUCUUGAUGAUUAUGUUACUCAGUUAAAAUCAGUGGAUCAACCAACUGAUCAAGAAAGAUAUAGCAUUCUGGAAACAGAAUAUGCACAGAAAAGGUCUGAGCUCUUAUCUCCAUUGUUAACUCUGGGUCAGCAUCAAUGGGCGUCUAGUCUUGCCGAGAAAUUCUGUGAUUUUGAUAUCUUGGUCCAAAUAUGUGAAAUCACUGACAAUCAGAACAGGCUUCAGCGUUACAUGACUCAAUUUGCAGAUCAGAAUUUUUCAGAUUUCUUAUUUCGCUGGUAUUUGGAAAAGGGAAAGCGUGGGAAACUUUUGUCACAGCCAGUAUCUCAGCAUGGACAGCUGGCGUCUUUCUUACAAGCUCAUGAGCAUCUUAGCUGGUUACACGAAAUCAACAGUCAAGAUUUUGAAAAGGCCCAUAGAACACUGCAAACACUGGCUAACAUGGAAACACGGUACUUUUGCAAAAAGAAAACACUGUUGGGCCUGAGUAAAUUAGCUGCGUUAGCAUCUGAUUUUCAUGAAGAUAUACUACAUGUUAAAAUUGAAGAAAUUUCAAACCAGGAACAUUUUCUUCUUUACCAAGAAACACUGCCCAAGCAGCUAUUGGAGGACAAAAGAUGUGAAUUGAAUGCAAUGCCUUUGUUAUCCCCAUUAGAACUAAUCAAGCUAUACAUAAGUGAGGAGAACAGAAGGGCAAAUGAAUAUGAUUUCAAGAAAGCACUUGAUCUACUAGAGUGCAUUAAUGAGGACGAGGAGGUGGAUAUUGAAGAGCUAAAGCUGGAUAUACUUUGCAAAGCUAUAAGGAGAGACCUGUGGUCAACUCUGGAUGGGAAGGAUGACCCAGUAGAGGCAGCUAAAGACUCAAUUUUUGUUAAAGUUCUCCAGAAGUUACUAAAUGAAGGUAAAGACCUGAAGAGUUACCUGCCAGAUGUAAAUGUGCUGCUUCAGUCGGGUGAACUUGACAGUUUAAAGACAGAUCGAUGCUUUGAGUUUGUUCUGAAAGCAAACUAUGAAUAUUAUUUAAAACAACUUGAGUAACUGAAUUGUAGAUUAUGCAGUUUUGUACACAUUUGUUUUCAGUGUUUAAUAAACUUUUCCCUAAGUAA